AUGGAUGAAGAGCUUGUCGGCCAAAUACAAACACAUACAAGCUCCAACGUGACAGUCAACUUUGUGAAGCUGCUGAGGAACCUGGCCAAAGUUCAUAGUCAUGAUGUCGAUAAGUUCAUAAAAGCUUGUAUGGCUUUAGGCAAAUUCAAAGGGCAGGAAAGCUUCUUGUCCGAGCUGCAUUCUUCUUUCACUUCAGGCACAGCGAGAGGCGUACAGCAAAAUGGAAUUAUGGGUCCUGAACAUAGGGUUCUUGGGGUAGCUAUGAAGCCGAGACCGCCCAAAAAGUCAAGUCAGCCACCUCGUAGGAAGACCAGGAUCCUGAACUUCGAAACUGAAGAGGAAGAGACCUUAGACAGCGCUUCGAAUUCAAAAAAUACAACUUGUCUGCGAGGCCAAACCAACAGCGGUGCGAGCUUCAAAAAAUUGAGCAAGGAUCGUGCUCAAAGGCUUAAGGAGUUCUCUGUGGAAUCUGUGGGUCAGUUUGAAUUAACAAGCCCUGUUACUAGCAUUGAGCGGUCUUUCCCUGAGUUGAUCAGCUUCGCAAGUGCAGAGUCUAACGCGCCCGUCUUGGAACAUCAUUCAUCGUCCGAACAGUCCUCAGAUGAAUAUACUGGUGAGGCAAUGAGCGAUAGUCAGGUACUCGAAGAAGAUAGAGACUGGUAUGACCACGAUGAUGAUUACGGAAACCAAGUUCCAGAUAUUACUAGUGUUGAUUUCGAAAGAGAUGCUUCCUUCAGCAAAGAGGCUGUUCGAAAAGAAAACAAAGACCUCAAUGGAGAUCUCAAAUCUCAAAUUCACUUGACUGCCGUGACUUCAAGCCAGCGAAAAAGUUUGAUUCCACCUUUCUUGAUGAGCUACAAUGACGACACGCCUACACUGGCGAACAUAGGACUUCUGGACAGUUCUCAGGGCGCCUCCAAUCGCCGAAUCGUCGACCCUAUAAGAAACCCCGAAAGUGAGUUUUCUCUCAAUGCAAAGAAGGGAAGUCGCAUGGUGGCAGAAAGGAGAACAAGAGAAGUGCAUAAAGCUAAAAUUGAGGAAACUACUGACCUACGAGGCACUGCUAUCGGAGAAGUUAUGGGGGUGAAAGAGAAGCCGGCCGGCAACAGCGACCUUGAACCAAAAGAAAAGAACAGUAGUAAAAAUUUAGAAACUUCUUAUGAGCAUAUCCAAGAAGUCAGGAAAUCUCUCCCUGCCUAUCAAGUGCGGUCUGAGCUUCUCCAAUUGAUAAGAGACAAUCAAGUCGUAGUGGUCAUUGGUGAGACAGGUUCCGGUAAAACCACACAAUUGGCUCAAUUUUUGAAUGAAGACGGAUUUUGUAACAGUGGACGUUUGGUUGGGUGUACUCAGCCUCGUCGUGUUGCUGCCAUGUCCGUCGCAACAAGAGUUGCAAUGGAAAUGGGUGUUGAACUGGGCAAUGAAGUUGGAUAUUCCAUUCGUUUCGAGGACAAAACUUCUAAGGAUACAAAAAUCAAGUUUAUGACGGAUGGUAUACUCCUUAGGGAAACGCUUGUUAGCGAAAUGCUUGACAAAUACAGCUGCAUAAUCAUGGAUGAAGCGCAUGAAAGAUCCUUGAACACAGACGUUUUGUUUGGCAUACUUAAAAAUUUACUCUCAAAGAGGAGAGACCUCAAAUUGAUUAUAACAUCUGCUACCAUGAAUGCAAACAGGUUUUCUCGGUUUUUUGGGGCAGCUCCGCAAUUCACUAUUCCGGGCAGAACUUUUCCAGUCCAAGUUGUGUAUUCGAGACACCCUGUAAGUGACUAUGUGGAAUCCGCAAUAGUUCAAGCGUGCAAAAUACAUCUCUCAACGCCCGUUUCAAAUGGCGACAUAUUGAUUUUCAUGACAGGGCAAGAAGAUAUUGAAGCAACAUGCGCCGGAGUGUAUGAAAAGCUCUUGGAUGUUUACGCAAAGCGGUCAGGGAAGCAGCAGCUAAACCAACCUGAAGACAUCGAGAUUCUUCCAAUAUAUUCAGCUCUCCCUGCAGACGUUCAAGGCAAAAUCUUCGAACCAACACCUAACAAGAGGAAAGUUGUUGUGGCUACAAAUAUAGCAGAGACUUCCCUUACUGUUGAAGGCGUGAGGUACGUUAUCGAUUGCGGAUAUUCAAAACUCAAGGUUUAUAAUCCGCAAAUUGGGCUUGAUAGUCUCCAGAUUGCGCCUAUAUCAAUGGCUAGUGCCAACCAACGAUCAGGAAGAGCAGGCCGUACUGGUCCGGGGUUUGCAUACAGAUUGUACACUGAAGAUUCUUUCUUUGAUGACAUGUAUGUUCAAACGAUUCCUGAAAUCCAAAGAACCAACUUAUCAAAUACACUACUGCUUCUAAAAUACCUGGGAGUUAAUGACAUUAUGGCAUUUCCUUUUGUGGAUCCCCCGCCAGAGCAGAUAAUCAUGACCUCACUAUUUGAACUUUGGACUAUAGGCGCACUUGACAAUUUCGGAAAUUUAACAGAGCUGGGGAAACAGAUGGCGGCAUUUCCGUUGCAACCCUCGCUCUCUAAGAUGUUGCUCGUCUCUUCACAAAACGGCUGCAGCGAAGAAAUCUUGACUAUCGUGUCAAUGCUAUCCGUGCCACAAGUUUUUUACAGACCCAAAGAAAGGGAAAAGGAAUCAGACCAGUGCAGAACGCGAUUUUUUGUUCCAGAGUCAGAUCACCUUACAUUACUGAAUGUUUAUUCUCAAUGGAAGGCCAAUAGUUACUCUUCGCAUUGGUGUAGGAGGAACUUUCUUCAAUUCAAAUCACUUCAAAGGGCCAGAGAAAUUCGCAGGCAGUUAUACACUUUAAUGAACAAGAAGAAAGUUCCUGUGGUUUCUUCAGGUACAGACUGGGAUGCUGUAAGGAAGUGCAUAUGUGCCGGUUAUGCUCAUCAAGCGGCCAAACUCUCGGGUCUAAGCAGGUAUACACAGUUGAGAAAUGGGCUAGAGCUGCGAGUUCAUCCAACAAGUGCGUUGUUCGGGGCUGGAGACCUUCCUUCAUACGUCGUUUACCAUGAACUGCUGCUGACUACUAAUGAGUACAUCAAUACCGUAACUGCAGUAGAUCCGGAUUGGCUAAUGAAUUACGGCGUGCUAUUUUAUAAUGUCAAAAGACGCGUUGAAGACGAGGAGUUUUACACUGAGGAGAUCCACGAAAAACCCAAAGACAGCAUUGAUAUGAUGAUAGAGCAGUUUGAGAUGAAGAAGAACAUCAUAACGCGGCAAAUUAAGAGGGACUCGGAUGUCGUUGCUGAAAGGCAGUCCCAGAAAAAGGUUGUGAACGAUAAACGCACUUUCCCAAGUGGCGCAUCCAAGGUAAGUAUUGGCUUCAAAAAGAGGCGUCCUUUGUGA